AUGUCGAACGCACGGCGACUACGCCAGCAAAAAGAAUUAGAGGCUUUGCAAGCGAAUGAACAUGAACAUGAGCAGGUGCACGAGGAAUCAAAGCAGCCACAGCAGCCACCCAAAGUAGUCAAUCCAUUCGCAGCAUUAGGCGGUGGCGGUGAGGACGAAGAGGAUGAGGAGGAUGAGUCUGGCACGCCAGCACCAGCAUCAUCUCACACCACGCACACAUCCUCAUCAAACAAGAAGAAGAAGAAGAAGAAGAGCAAGGCGGAUGUGAAUGUGGCAGAGGGUGAGCGUUUGCAGUCCAAACCACGUUCAACACAACCCCACACAACCCAAAAGCAUAAGAAAGGGAUGAAUGAGAUCGACGAGGCGUUGCGCGAGCUCAACAUCAAGUAUCCACACGAGCAGACACAGGCACAGACGCAGUCACAGGCGCAGUCACACCAGGCAAACACUCCACACAGCACACUCUCCACCCUCCGCACUCUCCUUUCCGUCGACCCUAAACACCUCGACGCGUCUGCGGAAAUGAAGAAGAUGUUUGGCAGCAAAGUGGUGAGCUCAGCAACGACGAUGAAUAGUUACGGUCAGGGGAGAGCGCGUGGACGGCAAGCGCGGAUGCAGCAGAUGGUUCACAAAGCCACACCGCGCUCAAACCUCUCCCAACACAAACCAACCUGGCCACCUGCGACAUCAGCAAAGUUGGAUGGAAUGACAAUGCGACAGCUCAGCGCGGACGAGCUACGAGAGUGGCAAGAGAGACACGCUCUUCCCCCCACUAUCAACUUGCAGAACAGUGGAAGUUGGUGGACAUUCGAGCACGACGCUGCGUACAGAUCCGUUCAACACCAGUUCUUAGACGCUACAGGAAGCUUCGAUCCAAACACGCUCAUGGCACUGUUGCAAGUAUACCCUUACCACGUCGAUACACUCAAUCAAGUCUCGGAAGUGUUUAGAAUGCAAGGUGAUAAUGGUACAGCCGGUGAUUUUACAGAGAGGAUGCUUUUUGCUAUAGAGAGAGGGUUUGCGAUGGGUUUCAGUGCACUUUCGGGUGGAUGCAGGGUAGAUUUCGACAGGGUGGAGAACCGCGCAUUGUGGCUGGGACUCAGUCGACUGAUUACACAUCUACGCAUGAAGGGGUGUUGGAGGACGGCGUAUGAGUAUGGCAAGGUGAUGCUCGCCCUCGACCCACUCACUGACCCACACGGCGCACUCCUCCAGCUUGAUUUCCUCGCCGUCAAAGCUGGUCAGUACGACUGGUUGCUUGGCGUGGCAGGCGAGUGGCCGUAUAACCAUACGCACAGCGUACACUUAACAGACACAACAUUCCUCCCUGGCAUAGCGUAUGCGCGGGCGCUGGCGACGUAUUAUAAAGGGAGAAGUGUUCAUGGAAAGCACGUCUCACUGGAUGCGACAGUCAAGUAUUUCCUGCAGGCCGUGCUUGCGCAUCCGCUGGUACUAUCGCUGCUACUUGAACACAACCUCGUCAGAGUGUCAGCAGAGCGUGGGGAGGUGUUGAAGAAUGUGCUCGUCGUCGAGAAGCAUUAUGAAAAGUAUGCACCAAUACACGCCCGCCGUAACGAAGCACUCGCACGCAUUUAUUGCGCUCACUCCCUCCCUCUCUAUCGCGACCCUGCGUUGCCAGUGCAGGCGAUAGUCGACCAUACGCUCGAUGCGCUGCGUGCGGACGGCGUUAGUGAGCGUGGUCAGAUUGAUUUGGCACAGAGGCAGAUGGACAGUGGGGUUAUCUCUCCAUCAGAAACCUUCCCGGAAAACGUCGCAAGACACGCCAUCAUCAAUAACAUAACAGACGCUAAAGCUUUUCUGCCAGAAACGUUUAGCGAAGGCGAUGCAUUUGAUCCAGUUGCUCCGAGCACCUCGAGUAGUGGCUACGACGCGGGCUAUUUCGCGGGUAUGAGAGGGGGCAGACAGAUGGGUGCACACUCACAAUCACAGCAACACUCACACACUGGCGGGAUAGUGUCUUUGAUAGAAAGCCUCCUCCGCGGCGAUAUUAACCUCGGACAGAUGGAUCCAGAUACGCGCGUCGCGUUCGAGGAGCAGGUCAACCAGCUGCAGGAGGGUGGUAUGCCUGGUGGGUUUGGCGGUGAUUGGGAGAGUGAGGAAGAGGAGGGCGAUGGUGAUGGGGAGAGUGAUGAGCGUGAUGAGCGUGAUGAGCAUGAUCAGCCGGAGGACAAUGCCACACAGCAGCCCGGGAUAAUAGACAGAUUUGCUCGCAUGUUUGCAGGGAAUGCCAACCAGGGCAACGCCAACGACAACGUAGAUUGA